AUGCCACCAAAAUCGAAGCAAUAUGGAGUGACAGUAGUAUUGGUGGAUGUUGGAGCAAAUAUUGCUGAAGAUAUUGAAAAAUCGCGAACAACAGCUGAUUGGAUAUUUUCAAGAAAGGUAAAAUUUCAUAAUUAGAAGUUUUUUUUUAAAUAAAUAUAUAUUCAUUUUUUAGUUGUUUUCGAACUCCGAGGAGAAAUUAGCAGUCGCUGCUUUCAAUUCUUCAAUCACUCAAAAUUCAAUGAAUUUGAAAAAUGUGCAAGUCCAUUCUGAAAUCCUGCAACCUGCGAACUUUCGACCAGUUGAAAUUUAUCAAUAAUGAAUUAGAAGUUAACAAAAAUUACGGAGAUAGUAAGAUAAUAUAUUUUUAACUAUAAUUAAUCAGCAAAAAUUUCAGUUUACAAUGGAGUUUCCGUUGCUAUUGAUAUGAUUGAAACACACGAACGAGAUCAUGAUGGUUUUGUAAAUGGUAAAUAAUAAUUUUGAAUAGUAAAUGAGAAAUCAAUUUUUUGAAUUUCAGAUAGAACUAUUGUUGUGAUCACAAAUUCCAACACCGAAUAUUUGAAACAAGAAAAAAUCGAUCUUCUUGCCGAAAAACUUGCCGGAAUCGAUAUUAUCAUCAUGUAAGCUCCCUUCUACUUUUUGGUCCUGAUUUUUCAAAAUUUUUUCAGUGGUCAAGAAAAUACACAGGAAAACCCCCUGACAAAAUUCAUCGAAGAAGUUAAUGCGCAAGUUUAUACAUAUGAUUUUAUGCUCAAAAAUGUGUCAGUUUUUAUGCCGAAAAUCACAGAUACCCGAAAUAUGUACAAACAAUUUGAGGUAUUUAUAUUGAAAAUUGAAACAUUAUUUUUGGUCAUUUGAUAUUUUUCAAGAUCGCACCAGAUAUCAGAUUACCUUUAGCAUUCACUACAAAAUCUGCGAAAAGUACAAGCUCGGGAUUGAAAUUCUCAUUAGUUGAUGAUUAUGGUUCAAAUGUAAGUUCUCAACAAAAAUUCAUAUCACAUUCAAUUUUUCAGGUAGUUCGUGUAAGUCAACUGAAUGUUCAAAACGAAAACGGUGAAACUCAAACCUUCGCGCAACUUCCCAAAGCCGUCUUCGAAAAAAAUUGCGAAGAAGAAACCAGUUUCAUAGUUGAAACCGAAACAUCCGAUGAAAUACCAAAAGAUGAAGUUUGUUCUGGUUAUUUUUUCGGGAAAACGUUGAUAUUUUUUGAUGAUGAUGAAAUCAAGAGCCAGUAUAACAAUCACAAUUUCAACGAUGGUGAAAAAGGCGGAUGUUUGAAGUUGAUACAAUUCACCAAAAAAGAAAAUGUGAGGAAUUUUUUAUUUGAAAUGUGGAAUGAGAAAUAUUUGUAUUUUAGAUUGAUCCAAGUUUUUUCCUCGGUGAUAAAAGUUAUACAGUGAUGCCUUCUGUGAGUAAAACAACAAGUGGAAAUAAUUUAGUAAGUUCUGAUUUUCUGAUUUUUUAGAACCAAAAUAAUUUAUUCAGAAUACAACUCGAUGCACACUUGCUCUCAUCGAAUCAAUGUUCGAAUUAGAAGUUGUUGCAAUUUGUCGAUAUGCUUAUUCAGUUAGUUCACAUCUUCAAUUAAUGGCCCUAAUUCCACAUUUUGAUGAAGAAAAUGAAGUUGCGGUAAGUAUCCUGAAAACUUUCUGAAAAACAAGCUUUUGUGAUUUAGUUUCUUCGCGCAGUCCGUCUUCCAUUUGUUGAUGAUAUGCGGUGUUUGAAAUUUCCAACAUUCGAAAAAAGCAGUCAUGAUAUGAUGUUUCUAACAGAUUCAGAUGAAACAAAACCGACUGGUUAGUUAGUUUCACUUUCAAAAGAAUAUUCGUGGAUUUUCAGUUGCUCAUCUUUCUGCAAUCGAUGAUUUGAUUGAUCUGAUGCAAUUUGAUGAAACGACUGUGUAAGUUGAUUUAUUCAUCGGACUAAUUAAAUACAAUUAGUUUUGUUUUCAGAAACACCUUUACAACUGGACAAAUGCCUGAUCCUCAACUUCAACUUCAAUGUCAUUUUCUACGCGAUAAAAUUCUGAAACCUGAUAUUUCUACAAAGCAACAUUUAGAGAAUGCAAUGGAAAAAGUUGAUGAAUUUAUGAAACCAAUUAAUAAUUUGGUUGAAGCCAAUGGGUAAGGCUUAAAAAUACAUAUGAUAAUCAAAAAUACAUAUAAUUACAGAGGAUUGUUCAAAAGAUUAUCGGAAGAAUUCAAUUUGAAUCGAGUUGUGAAAGAAAAGCGGCAAAGAAUUGAAUUAGAUAAACAAGAUAUGCAAAAUUUGAUAGAUGAAUAUAAAAAUAAGAAGAAUACUGAAAAAGAAAAGAAAACCGGAGGAAAUAAAAAAGAAGAUCUUGAAUCGAAGUUUGAAAAAGAUGCUACAAAUUCAGCGAUUGAAGCGUGUAAAGGAGCGAUAAAAACAAUUGGAGCAAUGUGUUUGAUACCUGAUAAAAUGUCGAGGGAACAAUGUUUUGAGGUAAUAUUUUGAAAGUAGAUGGAGAUUUUUUGAAAAAAAAUAACGUCAAAAUUUUUUUUCAAUCUCCCCCUAAAUCCAGAAAAAUCCGAGAAAAAUCUAAUUUUUCCAGGUAAUCCACACUCAAAUCCUCGAAAUCCGCCAACUUUGCAUCAAAUACAACAUUUUCGAAACAUUCAAUGAAUUUUUGUUAAAAUUACGCGAAGAAGAAGAUUAUGAAGAGUUUCGAGAUUUUCUUGCAGAAAAUAAAUUGUGUUUUCCGAUAAGUCAGAAGGAUUUGAAAUUGGCGAAUUUGAGCGAAAAUGAGGCAAUCGAAUUUUGGGAUGAAUAA